GCGCUGCUGAAGCUGGAGAAGGUGCAGAGGGUGCUCUCCCUGAUGGGUUCGCGUGGCCUCUCCGGCUCCGGCUCCGACUCCGGCGCCAGCGACGGCGGCGGCGGCGACCGAUUCCUCGCCCACUUCCUCCUCUUCCUGAUUUGGACUUCCAAUAUAUGAGGAUCUAUCACCUCUGGUUGGAUUGCAACCAGGGGCGGACGCAGGAUAAAAAUUGACUGGGGGCAUCUGUGAUCCUACAUAAAAAUGACUAUGACAUAUUACAUUACUCCAAGGAAGCUUGUCUGAAUCAGUACUUCAGUAGGUUGAGGGGCUUGAGGCAUUGCAAAAUUUUGUCUAGUUAUUGGUUUUGAUGCAUUUGCACUAGAUUCCUUCCAUUAGUGUUCAUUAUUGCUGUUGUUUUUUUAUUACAAAUAUAUGUCAUUAUCUUUUCCUACCAAAUCAUUGAUGAGAUGUUGCAUUACGAUAUUAGUGCUACCACAAACUAGAGGAGUACGGCUCAAAAUUUUGAAAGACAAAAUUGCUAAUGUAAACAUAAAACAUACCGUGGCUACUUACCAAGGGCAACUAGAGAGGGUUUCAGGCUGCAGGUGCACCGGGUGAGGCUUGCCGACAUGGCCGCAUGGGCUGUGGCCAUAGCCCAUAGAGAUUGUCCACGACUUGCGGCGUGACGCGAUUGGCACGGAGAUGCGUUGUUGGGCAGAUAGCGAUGGAAGGACGCCGACAUCCCGCCAUCCGUGGCUCUCGUGAAGCCUCCAGGCGGUGGUCGCGACGGCCUCCUUCGGCGCUGGCACUUGCAGGCUGUGGGAAACGGCGAACUGCGGGAAGCACCAGAUUUUGAUGGCCUCAAUCGCUCCGGUGCAACCGUUUGAUUCACUUAGCAUGGAGAAAAAAGCUCUAUUGGUCUCUGACCUGUUAAGAAAGGUCAAUGUUGAUACUCUUGAAGAAGUGUGCCACCUUGGCAGCAUAGAAUGUACUAGUGGUGAAGGAAGGAUCAUUCCUGCUUCAACUUCUGAUCAAGAUAUAUCUUUGGGAGAUCCACUACAGCCAAAUAAGAAGUUGAAGUUGCAUGCCGAGAAACUAACUGUUCAGGAGGCACCUAUGGUUGGGUUUCAUGCAAUGAGGAGAGCUAAUUCUACGAUUGAAGAUUUUGUGCGUACUGUUCGGUCAUAUUUCAUGUUUCAUGGUUUAGAUGUCAACAAAGCACAAUCUAUUUUCAAGUUUCUUCCUGUUCUUUGUUUCACCGAAAGCUACAUAUACCAGUUAGAUGAUUUAAAUGAAUAUAACUUGCAGAUGGUCCCAGGUAACGAUGCUUCCUUAACAGUGUUGGAAAGGGAAAACAGAACUUCCAAUGAAGCGUCCUUGACUGGCAUGCUCAAUGUCCUUGACGAUCUUCUUCAACGCCAGGGGCUAAUGACAGAUCAAUUGCGAAAUGAACUAAAGUCUGGCAUUCAGUAUUGGUCUCUAGAGAGAAAGCUUUGCCAAGCAUUGUCGAGAAAUGACAAGAUAUCAAUUGAAGAUGUGAUGGAAGCAAUCCAUCUGAAAUCGUUUGAUUACCGAGUUCUUAAUCUGCUGAUGUAUCGUCUAACUGGUCAGCAGGUUAAUGAAGUGCAUAUGGAGUUCUUGUCAAUUUCAGAGUUUUUAGUGGAGAUAUCUGAUGAUCUGUAUGAUUAUGAGGAUGAUGUGAUGAACAAUACUUUUAACAUCCUCCGUAUGUUUGCUGCAAUUUAUGGACCUUCAGAGGCACCAAAGAUGUUGGCCAAGUGCAUAGGUGAAGCUGAGGAGAAAUAUGAGAGAUUCUCUAAGAAAUUGGAUCCUACCCUCUCAGGAAGUUAUUGGAGAAGAUGCGAGGAAGCUACAAAGGAAGGUGGAAAAAUGUCAGGCCAUGCAUAUGGCACAUGGAAUAUCCCUCCUUUGAUAAGAGAUGAAGAAUUUUUCCGCCUUGAAAGAUCAAACAAACGCGACGCCUCUGCUAUAACCAUCACAUGACAUUUAAUCCCCUGAGCAUGUUCAUACAAAAGCGCAACAGAUAUUGCUAGAUUUAUCGAACCUUCGUGUGUUACUAAAGCCAGCGAGUUGGAUAAGAAAAGAGGAGUCAGCGAACAUUGGUAGCAUAGCUCUAUCUGGGUGUAGUCCAAUACUAAUCGUUGCUCAAUGCAUUCUAAAAUUUCCUGUCAUUUUCACGAGAUUUUUCUGUUGGUUUUCCUUUUAGUACUUAUGUCAUCGGCUUGAAUGAUUAAUUGCUGUGGUAACCACAACAGGAGCAUUGCAAAAAUCAAGAAAAUAAUGUAUCUCCCAAAAGUUUUAAAAAUUCCCCACCGUAAAAAUCUUGAUGAAAUUCUAGAACUUAUGUCGAGAAAUUUUGAUUUCUGGAGUUUCAACUUCUACAAGGGCAUAAUGGUUGUUUGGGGACAAUAUUAAAGGAGAGAGAUGCAAUAAUGGAGUAGUGGCAAGAAAGAUAUGCAUCUUUUAGAUGGCAGAAGCGAUAAUAUGGUUGCAAUCCUAUGUCUGUCUGUUAAGGCAUUUAUGUGACACUGCCAUAAACUUAUCUUGAUUGUGAACUCAAAACUGGAAGUCAAUUGUGUGUUCCUUACACAUCACUUCUAGAGAAUGACACAUUGUGAUUUGAUAUCUUGUUUCGAUGACAUCUCUUCCUCCAGGGUUGCUCUGUAUUGUUUGUUAUAUCUGAUCUACAUCUGCCGUUGGUUGCAUUACAAAACUUCCCAUGCAUGAUCUUGUUAUUUAUAAUUAAUUUCUGCAAGCCUUAUUCUUUAUGGACUGAUAUAUGCUGAUGCAUUAAGUUCCACGUGCAGAUCACAUGGAAAAGGACAAGCUAAUUAGUAGCUUUUUUGGCUGAAUACUAGAUAUAUGUGCUAAAUCUGGGAAGGUUUUUAGACCUUGUCACCUCAUUUUACUGGAUGAUACAGGUUUUUGUUGAGGCGUGGAUAAUUGAUUUAUGUGCUUA